GACGUUUCUGCGACUGUCUGUCUCCAGCUUCCCUUGGCUCGCUUCCCUUCUGUGUCGGAGUCGUUGCCGCCAUGUGAGAGACUCCGUUUUCGUUUUUCUCCUCAUAGCGAAACGCGCCUCCUCCUGCGGUUCACGAGAGGCCGUCGCUCCUUUCGUCCGGUGCUGCCCACUUGCGUGUUUCCUGGUGGAUGCCGCUCCACCGUCACCAACAUGGAUGCCUCGUUCUACUCCCCGCUGACGAGCGUCUUCGAGGGUCACUUGCAGCAGCCGUCACUGACAUUGGAUCUUCCGCUGCUCCACGCCUCGCGGCCGCACAAACUACCGCCUUCGCUCUUGCUUCCGACACACGCGUUUCUGCUUCCGGAGGUUCGGCCGACCGCGAAACAGGUUCUGCCUCUCUCUCUUCAGUCGUCUCAUGUCUUCGACUGCUCCUUCGUGCCGCAGCACCCGUCGCUCCUCGUCUGCUCGUCAGCGCCUGCGGGAUUCGUCGUCGCGCUCGAUCUCGCGACCGGCCAAGCCGUCCAGAGCUUCCUUCUGCCCCCUGCGAGUUCCCGACUCGACGGCGGAAACAGCGUAGUCUCUUCCUUGUACACUUCGACGAACCCUGCGUACCCCGCACUGACUGCAGCGCACAUGCACGGAGAUCCUUCCUCGCCGCUCCUUUUCCUGGGGACCUCCGUCGGCGACAUCUUCGCGUACGACCUGCGGUUCGCUGGCCGCGGCGCCGGGGUGUAUGGACACCCCACGCUUCACCUGGAGCGAGCGCACGAUGGCGUCGUCUCUUCGCUUCGCGCAGGCGGAGGCUCGAACCUGUCUGCCGCGCGUCCGCCGUCUCUCCCCAGCCACGUCUUGGUCUCUGGUGGUCUGCAGGACAACUGGAUUCGGCUCUUCGAUCUCCGGUUUCCCUUCCACUACAGCGUGGGCUUCUCAGAGACGCAAGGGGGAAGUCUUUCGAGAACUAACAGGGAUCGUCUCGCCCGGAAACAAAAGAGCCGAGGGAACGUCCCGUACCCGAUGGAUGCGCUGCAGCUGAAUCCUGGAUGUCGAUCUGCAGAGGGCGGAAGAAACGCGUUCUGUUCUUCCGCUUUUUCGGCAACACAAGAGUUGCUCGAACGCUCAGAGGGCGAGACCAGUCGAGACGGAGUCUUCGAUUUCGACGCUUGCGAACAACUCGGAGAAAACCGUAUUAUGAGGAUGAGAAACUCCGGGGGCGAAGGGAGAGAAGUGACCCUCCCCUGCCACUGCUGUAGUGACACUGGAUCCGCGUGCGGCAUUGUCGCGAUGGACCUGUCACCAGAUUCUUCGCUUCUCGCGGUUGCGCAGCUGCGCGCCGUUUUGAAAGAAACAAAGGCCGCUCCCCCCAUGAAGGACUCCCUCUCUCCACAGAGAGAGAUGAAGGAGGCGAACAGCCUCAACAGCUGCAUGCAUAACGCGAACAGAGGCGCGCUUCCGGUGGCGGUAGGAGCGACUCUGGAGAGAGCCACAGACAGCAAGGCUGUGCGAAGCAGAGCCGUGAAGGAAUGGGAAGCUGACGCGAUGACUCCGUUUUCGGGUGUACGUACACCUGAAGACAGGGUGGAGGUGCAGCAGGCGGGGAGUCGACAGUUUGGUCGCAACUUUGACGAUCCUCUACCGGCAGGGGCGGGUGCGGCUGAAUCGGAGACGCUUCGCCUGGGUGCCCCGCGAGGGGAUCUGCGUCUUGUCGAGUCCGGCUCAAAAUCCCCGGGUGGAUGUACACCCGACGUCACGCACACCCGGAGGAAUGUGUGGCGGGUUGAGGGCGAGACGACGAUCCUUAGCGUUUCAGAGGGUCUGAAAGUGAUGAAGACGCUGGCGGUUGCGGACGCGUCUUUCUUCACGUCUGUCGAGUUCAGUCGAAACGGCAAGCAUCUCCUCCUGGGCGGGGGCGCGAGCGAAAGCAGCUUCUGUGUCGACUGUCGCGCGUGCAGUUGCUGCUGCCUGUGCUUCGCUUCGCAGCGACGUCGUGAUAAAGGCCCCCAGUGGAACGAUGAGGACGGCUUGCGCUCAGAACUCCGGAGUCAAAAGGUCCGGAAUCCGCCCAGGGUGUCUCUGAGUGGCAACGACGCCGCAGACGCCUGCCAAGCGUCUCCCGGGUCCACACCCGCUCCCUGCUCGGUUGUCAGUACACCCGACGAGGACCACGAGAACUGGAAACACCCGAACAGAUUCGUCCGGCGCAGUCUCGCAGAGGCCGAGCGAGGUCCGCCCCAGACGCCCGAGGCACGGCCGGCCCACCGAGCUCAGCUGGUGAACAUUUUGCAGUCCAAUCGCCUGGCCGUUUUGAAAUCCCCGGCAGACGGAGCUCUCGCCUUCGCAGAAUCCGUGCUUCUUCAACAUUCGCUUUCUGUGGAGACACAACCGCCCUCUGCCUUCCACUCGCCCGUCGCCUGGCCCCCGAAAGGCUUGGACAACGUGCAGAUCUCUCAAGUGUCUCCGCCGCCCUUGCUCCAUUCUUCGCAUGCUUCAGCGUCUCUACGACUAAGACUCUUCUCGCCAGACAGCGAAACGCUCGACCGGAGACGCCGCGCCUUCUGGAGGGCGUCCGCUGCUCCGUUUCCCCACUUCUCUGGCGACGAAGACGAUUUCGUGCUGUCGCCCUAUUCCUCCUCUGCGGCUCGUGCCUCUCAAGAAAACAAAGUCAACAGAGACAGCGGAGAUCAUCGGGAUAAUGCAGGUGGUGCGGAUCAUGGAGCCAAAGGAUGCACCAAAGGCUCCACAGCCAACGAAGACGGAGACAAAAGCCGUUUCGGGUCUUCUGUUGCUUCUUUCGCUUCAGUUCCAGUGAAUGAGAGCUCGAAGCCGUUGGCAUCGCGAGAAAGAACUGAAGAAAGAAUGGAGCAGAGAACAGAAGAGAGAAGAGAAACACGGAUAGGGCAGAGAGGAGAAGAGAGAAGAAAAGAGAGAGGAGCGGUCACGUCUCGCGAGGGCGCGCUUGAGUCUGCGGGCCGGCAGGCAACGACGCCGUUCCCGAAAUGCCAUCCUCAGAUUUCUCAGUUCCUCUCCGCCUGUGGGCCUCUGCAUCCACAGUGGGGGAGACCGAGCUGCAUGCACGACCGAUUUGUUGUCGGGCUGUGGGGUGGCCUCGUCGCAGGCAUUGGCGGGUCGCCUCUCUAUCCAGGACUCAAACUCUGGCAAGCAACUACUGGCGUCGUGCUCAGCUGGACGGAGGGCGUUCUCGCGACACCCGAGGCUGUUCGGUGUGUUCGUGGCCACUCCGACUUGAGCACAGGGUUGCUGGUGACAGCGGGAGCGCUGCCGGUCGAUUUGGCGGUCGAAAAAGAAAAUCGUUUACCCUCUUCUGGAGGACUCAGCACGGGGCAGUGGCAGAGAAAAGGUGCCUUCUGUUCUCAAACACAAGGCGAAAGAAAGCGGGCCACGCGGCCUGGAGUGACCCUCUGGUCGAUUGUACACAGAGAUGUGUUGCUGGAGACCGCUCUGAAAAAACAGGACGAAGGCGAAUCAGACUUUCUCUUGGUGGAUCCAGAUGAUGAGGGUGGUCCUUUCUAGUCGUUCUCGGUUUUCCAUCCAGUUGCCACUGAGCAUUUUAGCAGUUUGGCCUGGCAAAACACGGUGUUUUCUCGUGCCCAGUGUUUGGGCAGAAAAGCGACAAACAACAGAGGGCAGACGUAGGUUUGUUUAAACACGUGC